CCUGCAGUUCACAGGCACAUUAGCUAUUUCCUCCUGGAGUCUGAAGAUGAAAAAGCAAGACACUGAUGAGUCUGCCACCCAAGGCAGUGAGGACUCUCCACUUACAGCAGAAGGGACUGAGUCGCCUCCAGCUGCAAAAGACAGCUCUGACAGCAACAGCCCCAAAGAGUCUGAACCACAGACCCCACAGACAGACACACCUCCGCAAGGGGAAGAGGCUGUAAGUGAAGUUGCAACAGCAGCACUGUCUAAGUGUGACAUGGCUGAGGAGCUGAGUCGUCAGUUAGAGGACAUCCUCAGCACCUACUGCCGGGAAAGCAUCUCAGACGAUGCCAGCGCCCUGCCCAAUGGCCAGUCACACAGCCUGGAGCUCAAUGGUCUGACCAAUGAGAAGGAAGACAGCAAGUCAGAGAAGGGCAAAGUCAAUGGAGGUGACAUUGGGGUGGAGAAGGAGCAGAAGAAGACUCAGGAGAAGAAGAAAGUGAAGGGUCUGGGUAAGGAGAUCACCCUCCUCAUGCAGACUUUGAACACACUGAGCACACCAGAGGAAAAGCUUGCAGGCCUCUGUAAGAAGUAUGCUGAACUGCUUGAAGAGCACCGCAACACCCAGAAGCAGAUGAGAGUGCUGCAGAAGAAGCAGAGCCAGCUGGUGCAGGAGAAAGACAACCUGAGGAACGAGCACAGCAAGGCCAUCCUGGCUCGCAGCAAGCUGGAGAGCCUCUGCAGGGAGCUGCAGAGACACAACCGCACACUCAAGGAAGAAGGGAUGCAAAGAACGCGUCUAGAGGAGGAGAAAAGGAAGGAGGUGACCUCUCAUUUCCAGGUGACGCUGAAUGACAUCCAGACUCAGAUGGAGCAGCACAAUGAAAGAAAUGCCAGCCUCCGGCAGGAGAACACCGAGCUGGCUGAGAAACUGAAGAAACUUUAUGAGCAGUACAAAUUACGGGAAGAGCACAUAGACAAAGUGGUGAAGCACAAAGACCUGCAGCAACAGCUGGUGGACGCCAAGCUGCACCAGGCUCAGGAGCUGCUGAAGGAGUCGGAGGACCGCCACGACAGAGAGAAAGACUUUCUGCUGAAAGAAGCUGUGGAAUCUCAAAGGAUGUGUGAGCUGAUGAAGCAGCAGGAAGUUCACCUCAAACAGCAGCUGUCACUGUACACAGAGAAGUUUGAAGAGUUCCAGACAACUUUGUCCAAGAGCAACGAAGUCUUCACCACUUUCAAACAGGAGAUGGAGAAGAUGACUAAAAAGAUCAAAAAGCUGGAGAAGGAGACGGCCAUGUAUCGAUCCAGAUGGGAGAGCAGCAACAAGGCUCUUCUGGAGAUGGCAGAGGAGAAAGCUGUGCGGGACCGGGAGUUUGAGGCUCUUCAGGGUAAAGUCCAGCGGCUGGAGAAACUGCGGCGGGCGCUCAAAGUUGAGCGGAACGAGCUCAACAAGAAGGUCCAGAACCUCAGUGGUCAGCAAGGUGGCACCGCAGGAGCCCCCACCUCCGACCCAGGGACUGACUCCCCCUCUCCACCACCUACAGACUCUCUGCUGGAGCCCAGCGCCUGUCCCGUUCCGGACACCACCCCCUGCUCCCACUCCUGCCACUGUGACCCAGAACUGGACACAGAGCCCCUAGUAAAAGAGGCAAACGCUCAGCCUGUCAGCGUGCAGGAAUGAAGCUACGCUGCUCACAGAUCUCCACUCCCCCCCCUUCAGCAUCAAGCCACCAAAAGAUAAGCCACCAGCCUGCAAGCCGCUACUCCUCUGCUGGAAGAAGCUGACGUUAAACACUGGUCCAGGAGCAGAUCAGAAAGUCACACCUUCAUAUAUUUUAGGCAGAAUAUCUGAUCAACUUUUGAUGGAGGGAUUAACUUGUUUCCUCCCACUAUCCUGUGCAGGCUUCAUAAGGUGAUGAAAAGAUUGUGCCUCAUCUGUCAGCACAUUUACAUGCACAUUAUGAAUCAGUAACUGUGAAUGAUUUGAUUAAGAUAAUAGUAUGAUUAAAGCAUUUACAUGCUUUGCAAUAAGCCAAUUUCCCACUAUAAUCAGAUUUUCAUGAUUCAUUUAUUAUUCCUCGAGCAUGCCUGGCAGCCUACAGGAAAAAUAGAGAAAGACCAACGAAUUUUGCGUUUCUUUUUCAAAUUGGUGAAUCAUUUUAUUUAUUAGUUACAAAAUAAAAGCUCCAAAUAAAGUCUCAGAUAUCCAUUCCCAGAAAUCAUACUAAAGGUGUAUACAUAUCAGAGUAAAUUAGAAGAUCUAUAAGUUAUCCAGCUCUGUUAUACUUUCCCUAACACAACACUGUUUACAUGAUAGAUUAUUAGUGUGUAUGUAAAUGUACUGACUGAUUCUGUGUUGUGCUGUUUGACUACACAUUCCCUUUCUAACUUGCAUCAACCAUAGAAUUGCUUGACAAGAUAAAUAACAUUGCUGCUUGGGAUGACACAAGCCUAACAGGUGUAUGGCAAAAGGAGUCAUCAGAGGUUGAAUGAUUUGUGUGUUUGUGUGUGUGCAUCCACUCAGUCUGUCUCAUUUGCAUCGUGAGCAACAAUUUGUUUGGGAAGGGGUUUAAUUCAUAGCUUGCAGUACUCUAAAGGCCACUUUUAGAAACGUCAUGUUUUUCUUUCAGGUGAGGUCUUGACGGAGAGGUCAAACAAAAUAUGUCUUUACAGCGUCUGUGUUUUCAGUUUUUGCUCAUAGACCACUUUAGGGAAAAGUUGUUUUCCUGUUUGUGUCACACUUCUCCAUGUGCAGUGUUUGAUUUUUUUUUGGGUCUGUAUUUAUUGUUUUAAACAUAAUCUCUGAUAUUGAAAUGUAUCUAUUUUACAGAGCACCAUUGUAAAACUAAAUCAGUUUAGUUUUUAUUGAUUUAGACUGUUUAUAAAGGUGGUACUUAUAUGACAAACUUUUCAUUCCUAACCUGUCUGGGUUCAGUUGCCCUUUUCUUGUUUUACAUGUUUUUCAGUCUGCCUAUAACCAUGUAAUGACGACCACUUUAUUCCCAUCUUUAUGUUUCGGUGUGGAUGCUGUGUGUGUGGGUUGGGUGGGGUGGGGUGGGGUUACGUGGCGAAGAUUGUGUCCUUCCAGCCCUGGUAAUUGCAGUAGUUUGUAAUCAGGUUUUAUCAAGAGAAUGUUCAAGGACCUCUAUGCAAUGUUUGCCUCUUGGUUUUAUUCUGUGGCAGUCUGAACUGACAAGCACUUAGCUGAGAAUGUAUAUUCAUUAUAUCCACUGUCCUGCAUGGAUGUACUGUAUAAACAGACAACAUAUCUCACAGCAGAACUUUUUUGCUUAAGUUUGAACCCUGUUUGUUGAGCUACUUUCAGUUGUUUGACAUCGAGUGAAAUAUUGUGCAUCUCCCAGAUGCUUUAAAAGGUGACUGUGCCAAGUGGGAAUAAGGAGGAAAAAUUAGAGAAAAUGUUAUUGGAAUUCUGAAUUGUAGUUUUACUCCAAAAUGUGUCCAUUUCUCUUCAGACAUUCUUAUGUAUUAGUCAAUAUGUAGCAUCAAUAACAAGGACAACUGAUCAAAUCAGUCAUUUUCAACUUGAAUAUCAAUGGCAAACCUAAUUUCUUCCAUUGUCCCACAGGACAUUCAUUAUAUCUCCAGUCCCGUGUCAAAUAUCGAAGUUCAUUGACCAUGAGAAGGAACCAAAGAUGUUUCCUUUUUUGUCUUUUGCAGUACUUUUAUCUGGCUGUGUAUAUUUUGUUUCUUGUUAAAUAAAAGAUGUAACAGUGUA